CCGUCUACCCUUCCUCCAAUCAGUCCAACACAGGCAAGCGGGCGGAGUGCGGCUGCGCAGGCCAGCAGGCGCGGCUCCUGGCGCGGGCAGCAGAGGGCGCACUGGGGCGGGGGCCGCAGCGGGCGGCUCGGCCGGUGGGCCGCGGCAGCGGGCCCAGGCACGCGCGCGCGCGGGCGUCGCGCAGGCGGGGCGGCAGUAGGCGCUGGCGGCUGGGCGGAGCGCGCGGCGCGCGGCUGCGUGGGCGAGCCGGUGCAGGGCGCUUGGACGGCGCGGAGCAGAGCAGCUUGGCGGGCGGAGGCAGCGGCUCGGCUGGGGCGGUGCGCAGGCGCUCUGCAGGUGGCGCGCAGGUGUCCCAGGCAGUGGCGCAAGCGGGGGGGCACCGAGAGGCUGGCGGCGCUAGCGCACAGGCGCGGGCGAACGGCUCUGCGCGGGAGUAGGCGGCGCGCUGGGCGCUAGCGCAGGCGGCGCACGGCUCGGUCAGCGGGCGGCGGCUGCUGGCGACGCGGACGCAGACGCCAGGCGAGCACAGAAGCUGGGCUGAGCGGUGCAGUGCGGGUGACCGUGUUCUACGUCGGGGAGCUGCAACGCGAGGGGGAAAUUGGAGGGCAGGAAGUGCAGCCAGGAGGACCGUAGGCCAAGCCCAGGGGCGAAGCGAGGCCGGCUCGGCGCUGACGGGUUGGAUGCGCGUGCCGUGCAGCGGCGGCUCGUGGCCGGAGCAGGAGCAGCGCGGGUGGCGCGCGUGAGCCGAGCGCAGGAGCGAAGCCGACGGCUUCAGGCGAGCAGUCGGUGCUGGCUCGCGAGCGUUGAGCGAACAAGAGCUGGAGCACAGCACAGUGGAAACAACGUGUCGGUUCGGGAGUGGCGAGGGCAGAAGCGAGGGUGUGGCAGAUGCGAGCGCGCAGGUGGAGCAACGCAUGCACGGCAGAGCAGUGUAGCGCGCAGCAAAGGCACGGCAAGGCCGAAGCGAGCGCGUGACCAACAACGGAAGAAGGAGGAAGAUCUAUGCAGGGCAACGACGUGCAGAGCGGCGGCGUGCAACGCAUGACGGAGUUCCCGCUGGACGAGCUCAGGCUGCGACCGAGUUGGUGUGCAGGAGGGUCGCGCGUGAUGGACAUUAGAGGCCGUCGAGGAAAACGCAACGGAAGGCACAACCCUAAUGCAAGCGGACCACGGUCCUCGCGAAGGCAGAAGUGUGAGUACGGCGUGGCGAAUCAGAAAAAGAAGCCGCGAAGCGAAGACAGUGGUCGGGCGUGACGAGCUCGGAGGAGGUGCGGUGCAGUCAAGCCAAGGAGGAUUUCUUCUUGUGCGAGUAGAGAUAUUCGGUCGGCCCGACUUUGGCAUCGCAUGUGCGUGGGAAGAGGAAGUUCAACCCGUGAGCAGGAAAACCCUAGGGUUCGCGAAGAAGUCGGUAUAGCGAACCCAUUCGGCUCCAUCGUCUCGUCCCAUGAUCCCCGACAUUCAACGGUUCUUGCCCCUCGUGGAUCGCUCAACCAUUAUAACCACGAAUCACCGCGAAGAUUACUUCUUCGGCCAUUCUCUACCCACUGCAAUUCCCGGCAAGCUACUUCGUCAACCACAGAAUCUCGUCGUCGUCGAGCUCAUCUUAUCGACGCCAAUCCUAUUCACCGCGAGAAUUCACUUCCGUUUGUUCUUCUCCACGACUAAGGCUACCCCAAGAUACGACUACUUCUGCGACGGUACCUACAAGUUUUCCCAGGAAUUUACGAAGGAUAUGUCUGAAGAUCAAGUGAACGUCACCAAGGAAUAUCGCAAGCCCCGAACCAAAGUUCGGAAGAUGUUAACAUUUCUGACUUCAGACCCACCAAUAAAGGUAUAGUCCUUGAAGAUUCUACUCUUCCCCUAUCUUG